AUGAAGUUCCUCUGCACCCUCACUGCAGGGUUGCUGGCAGCGGGCCAUGCCGCCGCCGCUCCCAACAAGGCUGCUGAUGCCUGCUUGAAGGGAAAGAAAAUUCCGGCUAGCUACCCCGGCGAUGCUGAUUACGACGAACUUGCCGAGCCCUUCAACUUGCGUCUUCAGUACAAACCGGCUGCAAUUGUGCUUCCGGAGACUAACAAGCAUGUUCAGGAUGCGGUCAUCUGCGCAUCUCAGUGUGGCCUCAAGGUCCAGGCCAAGUCGGGAGGUCACUCCUACGCCAGCUUCAGCAGUGGUGGCAAGAACGGCUCGAUGGUAAUCGACCUCCAGCCCCUCAACAGCAUUGUCCUGGACAACACCACCAACAUCGCCAAGGUUGGCGGUGGUGUCCGUCUUGGUAACCUCGCCCAGGGCGUCUACGACCAAGGCAAGCGAGCAAUCUCUCACGGUACCUGCCCUGGCGUUGGAAUCGGUGGCCACUUCACCCACGGUGGUUACGGCCAUACAUCCCGUAACUGGGGUAUCGCUCUCGACCACAUCGUCGGCCUCGAUGUAGUCACUGCCGACGGAAAGUUGCUCCACGCGACUGCAACCGAGAACACGGAUCUUUUCUGGGCUCUCCGUGGCGCCGCUGAAUCCUUCGGUGUCGUCACUUACUUCUACCUCCGCACUGAAGCUGCUCCCGAGGUUCUCACCUACUUCCAGUUCCAGUGGGGCGACACUCUGUUCAAGGACAAGAAGGCGUUCACAGAUACUUUCUUGCAUAUUCAGACGUUCUCGCUGAAUGCUUCCGUUGUGGAUAACCGUAUUUCGUACGGUAUCUAUCUGGAUGGCAACGCUACUUACAACUUGGGCGGUACUUUCUUCGGCACUGAUAAGGAGUUCAACAGCACCAUCCUCCCCGAAUUCCUCCGCGGCACCGCCCUACCCACCAAAAUCGUCGUCCAAGAAUACGCCUGGAUCCCCUACCUAAUCCUCAUGUCCGACAAGACCACCAUCGCCGAGCCCCUAACCGGCUACGACGAACACGACACCUUCUUCGCCAAAUCCCUCACCGUCCCCGAAUCCUCCGGCGGCCUCACCGAAACCACAUUGAACGCAUUCUGGGACUACAUAAGCACCCCCGCGCCAUACGCCUACUUCGUAAUCAUAAACCUGUACGGCGGCCCCGGCUCCGCAAUCAACACCAAAGACACCUCCUUCGCGGCGUACAACGAUCGCGACAGUCUGUGGGUGUUUCAAAACUACGGGACGAUGCCUACGACGCUGGAGUAUAUUAAUGGUAUCAACGAUGUUAUUAUCGAGGCGCAGCCGGAAACGCAUUUUGGGGCGUACUUGAACUAUGUGGAUCCGAGUUAUACUGCGGAGGAGGCGCAUGAGCUGUACUAUGGGAGUGAGGUGUAUGGGAGGUUGGAGGGGUUGAAGAGUGCUUGGGAUCCGAAGAUGGUGUUUUGGAUGCCGCAGGCUAUUGGGGUUAAUUAA